GCGGUGCAGGUGAAGAUGCAGACGUCCGAGCCCUGCAGAGUGAUGGGCUGCCUUGGUCUCGGUAGGGCCUGGGCGGCACCCGCCAGCUCCGGGGCAGCUCGGCCCUGCCCCUCCUGUGCGGGCCCGGGCGGUGUCUUCCUUGGGGGCGGAGCGGAGAGGGCGGGCGACCCGGACGCGGCGGCGCGCAGAGCGGCCAUGCGCAGCGUGGGGACGAGCCUGCACGCUGUGGUCAUGCGCGGCGUCUGGGCGAGCGUCCCCUCUUGGGUGACCCCGGGCCGUUCGGCCCCGCCUCCCGCGGCCCAGGUCCCACGCUCUUUUGGCCCGUGGUCGUUCCCGUCCCCGAUGGGCUUCCGGCGUCUUCUAUUUCCAAAUCACGUCUGCUUGCCUGCCUUGUCGCAGCUGUGUCAGAGGCGGGAAAUCUCCUCUUGGCUGGCCCGAUGGUUCCCCAAAGUCCCAGCCAAGCCAGUGGUGGCACAGAAAACACCCAUCAGGUUGGAGCUGGUUGCCGGGAAAACCUACAGGUGGUGUGUAUGUGGCCGGAGCAAGAAUCAGCCCUUCUGUGACGGCUCUCACUUCUUCCAGCGCACAGGACUUUCCCCACUCAAAUUCAAGGCCCAAGAGACACGUACCGUGGCCCUGUGUACCUGCAAGGCCACGCGGCGACCCCCUUACUGUGAUGGUACCCACAAGAGUGAGCAGGUACAGAAAGCAGAGGUGGGCUCCCCGCUCUGAGGGGGGACCACGACUCCAGGCCUCUUCCCGGCUUCCCUUCCAUGAAGGCCACAAUGUCCUGUCGGCGACUGUACCCUGAAAAGCCUGUAUUCUCCUGGUGGGCAGCUGAGAGCAGGCCCUGCUUUAGCGUCUGUCUGGUAAAGCUGUCAUUAAACACUGAGGCCCGCCCUCUAA